GUGCUCUUAGGUCUUUAUAAGGGAUUUUGCUCAGAGCUCAUAUAGCACAGGAGAUAGCAACACCAUGGGUACUACGAAGAUUUUCCUGCUGUUUCUCUCAGUGGCCCUGUUGGCCUUGAGCUCAGCUCAAAACCCAGACGGGGAACCUGUUGCACCUGAACAGGCCCCAAACCAAGAACCUGCUGCAUCUGAAUCACAACCAAACUCACAACCUGCUGCAUCUGAACAAUCCCAAACCCAAGACCCUGUUGCAUCUGAACCAGCACAAAGUGAGCAGCAACCUGCUGAACCAGCACAAAGCGAGCAGCAACCUGCUGAACCAGCACAAAGCGAGCAGCAACCUGCUGAACCAGCACAAAGUGAGCAGCAACCUGCUGAACCAGCACAAAGUGAGCAGCAACCUGCUGAACCAGCACAAAGCGAGCAGCAACCUGCUGAACCAGCACAAAGUGAGCAGCAACCUGCUGAACCAGCACAAAGUGAGCAGCAACCUGCUGAACCAGCACAAAGCGAGCAGCAACCUGCUGAACCAGCACAAAGCGAGCAGCAACCUGCUGAGCCAGCACAAAGCGAGCAGCAACCUGCUGAACCAGCACAAAGCGAGCAGAAACCUGCUGAACCAGCACAAAGUGAGCAGAAACCUGCUGAACCAGCACAAAGCGAGCAGCAACCUGCUGAACAAGCCCAAACCCAGCAACCUGCUGCACCUGAAAAAGCCCCUGACCAAAAACCCAAAGCAUCUAAGAGAAAGUCAAGAAUACGACAGAAAAUGGAAGAGUUCAAAAAAAAUAUGGUAAAAAGGAAUAAAAAAAUAAGAAAAAGUCUUCGGAACAAAGCAAGGACUCAGAGGAUUCGGAGAAAAUAUAGGACUGAAUAAGAAGAUGGAUAUGAGGAUGGCAUCAUGAAAAUCCAGUACCCUAGUAUAAUAGGAAAGUGUGGACAUCAUGACUCCCCUCAUUCCUGUAUUUAAAACGCAAAUAAACUAAAAUGAGCAUCAAA